GCCCGCCCGCCCGCCCGCCCGCCCGAACGAACGAACGAACGAACGAGCGGCUUUCCCAUUUUGCACCUUUGGCGAACUGCGUCCGUAAGAAGCGGCGAAUGGUUUGCGCUGGGAAUUAGCGUCUCUCUUCGUCCUGGUUGCGAUGACCUGAAGUCCCGUCGAUAGUGACCGGAAAGAGCUGACACGGGAAAAAACAACGCCUGCUGUUUAAAGAGACUUCUUUGGGAUGCCUGGAGGUGGAGGGCGAUCCGGGUGAAUAAGGAGGAAAAAAAUAAUACCAUGUCGCAAUUGCGCAAAGCUGACGUUACACCCGCCUGACUACUCGGCUUUUGUUUUCAUCGCAGUCUGCGGCGUUAAGUCAACCCGGAAGCUGAGAAGUGCGUAGGGAUCCAUCCUUCCCUCCAAGUCUUUGUUUUGGAUCUGGAAGCAUCUGAAGGAUCUGAGGUCACGUCUUGUUUCCUGUUUGGGGGUCGGCAGUCGGCGAGUUCCCUAUGGCCGGUGCCCGGGCGCUGGGCGAAAGUGGUGGGGGUGGUGUAGCCGCCAUGGACUAUUCAGUACACGAGGCUUGGAACGAAGCCACCAACAUUUACUUACUGGCGGUGCUGGCCAGCUUGGCCCUGUUGGUGUACGCCCGCAGAAAUAAGAGGAAGAUUAUGAGGAUUUUUACAUUACCUCCAACUGUAGAAAUACCACCUGAACCAAAUUUUUAUGACAGCAUGAAAAAAGUCCGUCUUCGGCAGCAGUUAGAGAUGUAUUCUAUUGAUUAUUUUUCCUUUCCUAUACCCCAUUCAUGUGGGGAGAAAUGACACCACAAAGACCUUGAAAACAAUAUCAGGAGACUAUGAAGAGGCAUGAAAACUAAAGAAAUGGGUGUCUUCUGUACUCCCAACAAAUGGUAGGCACCCAAUGAGAGAGAGAGGACUUUUGAAACAAACAUUCAGGGGAUGGUGCCGUCAAGAGAACUUUGGAUUCUUACAUCACAGACUACAAUAUCUACAGGAGGGGCUUCUGCAGGGAUGGGCUACACUUCACAAGAACCUGGAACAAUAUCUUUGGAAACCAAUUGGCUUGCCUUAUCCAUAGAACUUUAAACUAAAAUUGGAAGCGGAGGAGACAAACUUGUAGAAGCUAAUUCCAAGAACAAAACUCAAAUCAACCCAAUGUUAAAAAGGGGAAACUCAGGUCCAAAACAGGAGAAGUAGAAAAUAAACACAGGGUUAGUCAUAAAGGACUCAAGAUGCCUAUACACUAAUACUCAAAGUAUGAGGAACAAACAGGGUGAACUUGAAAUCCUAGUAUAAAAGGCAGACAUAACAUCACUACCAUUAUAAAAUUUGGUGGGAUGAAAUCCAUGACUGGAAUGUACAGCUAGAAGGAAUUUAAACUGUUCAAACGAAACAGAUCUAAUAAAAGAAGAGGUGGAGUUGCACUAUAUAUAUAAAAUAACAACACUUCUAUAGAAAUGCAACAUAACAAUGAUGAAAAUCUUCUCGAAUACAUUUGGAUUAAUAUAAAAGGAAAAAGGAAUGACAUUGCCAUAAUUUGUAUAAUAUAGACCACCCAACCAAACAGAGGAAACAUAAAAUGUUUGCUAAAUGGUUACCUACUAGAACUAUAUAAAAACUUACUUCAUGAGCUACAACCACUACUAGCAUGUGAGCCUAACUUCUCAGUUAAGAGGCCUUGCAUUGCCUCCAAAGAGGCCUUGCAUUGCCACCAAAUUUUGACAAGGACUGUAUAGAAGCCAAGAAAGCUCUUACCUUGGCAUAUAAAGUGCACAAAGAUGAGGCUGGAAAUGGCAAUAAAACAAAGUUUAAACAUCUCACACUCAAAAAACAAUUUAAGCAAUUAAUUGCAUUUAAGAAGACACAUGACACAAGAGAACAGCUUAUUGAGGCAGCAAAGCGAAAUAACUCUUCUUAUUCUGGCAUCUAAUAGCCUGCCAUUCUUGAAAGAAUUUAUACCCAUUUAGACUCCCAUAUACUUCCUACAACCUGGGAACUUUAUCUUUGGAGAACAUAUGAAGAUCCCUCCAGCUAGAGUAUAAAAUGGAUUUAUCUGAAUGGUCCCCAGUUUCAGAGCCUAUUAAAGCUCUUAUUGGUCAACUCAGAACCGGGAAGGCCCCAGGAGCUGACUUCAUUUCUGUUGAACUAUUAAAGAAUAAUAUGGAGUGAUGGAUUCCAGUCCUCCCAAUACUAUUCACUUAUAUUGACUCCACUGGUCAUGUCCCAGAGGAUUGGAGGCUGGCAAUUGUUGUCCCAAAUUUUAAAAAGAGAAAGAAAGACAACCCUGUUAAUUACAGACUAGUAAACCUGCUAAAUAUAAUCAGCAACCUCUAUGCCAUCUUGCUAUCCAAGAUAAAUGAAAGGAGUGGCUGGAUCCUGAGAACUUAAUUGCUGGCAAGCUGGUUUAGAGAGGAGAGAGGCACCAUAAAUCAGUGCGUAGUCCUCCAUUACUUGAUUGAAAAAUAUGCAUUAAAUAGAUCUGUAUCAUUAUGCGCCACCUUUAUAGAUCUCAAGGCAGCUUUUGAUAUGGUUACCAGGACUAAGCUAUGAAAGAAGCUGGAAGCUGGAGGCUUCUCCAUUUGUUACGUGCCUUACAUAUUAAAACAUUCUGUGCUGACCCGGACAAGGCACGGACGCAACAGAGUCACUGAUAGUUCAGCAAAAUGCUGUUAGCACAACCGCUUCCAGGUAAGAAAUCAGCGAGGCAAGGAAACGAGGCAAUGAGUUCCACAAAGCAAAGGAACAAGGCAAUGAGUCCACAAAGCAAAGGACUUGGGCAAUGAAUUUCAUGAAGCAAAGGACUUAGGCAAUGAAUCCACAAACUCCAGACAUCAGCAAUGACACACAAAACUCCACGAUUUCAGUGUUUGUUCCCGACAAGCCAUCCUCCCCACAUCAUCUCCUUAAAUCUCAGUCCCCAGGUGUGUUUUGUGAAGAGGUGCAGGGUACUCUCCUCCCAAAUCAUCGGGUCAGCCUGUGCUGUUCCCGCCUCUCCACUCUCCUUUCUCGGGGAUCAGGAGAAGGUGGUCCUUGCUUGUCGCCUGAGCUCCGUCGCUCCUCAUCUCCACUGCCUGCGCUCUCUUCCCCCCCCUCUUGGUCGUCCUGUCCCUGAUCUUCCCUGCUGGCAAGCCAUCCCAUGCCCGAGCGACCCAGGGCUAACUCGCUUCUCUCCGUGUUCCUCUGAAGCCAAUGAAGCCACCCUCUCAAUCUCUGUUGGCUCCAGCACUGGCACAUCUUCUUCUGUGAACUCAAGCUCCAAUGGGGGCAUGACACAUCCCUCAAAGUUAGGUGUAAUAUGCAAAGGUCCCCCUCAAGGUCAGUCCAAACUCAAAACAGAGUUAACGGGUGCAUUUUGGCCCCCUUGCUUUUCAACUUCUAUAUUAAUGACAUGGUUAAAUAAACCAAAUUACCACCCCCCCAAAAAUAGAUGAUUGAAGCAUCACCCUGUUGCUCUAUGCAGAUGAUGCUAUGAUCUCUCCAGGACACCAGUAAGUUUUAAAAGAGCCUUGCAAGCCCUUGUCCAGUAUUAUAAUUACAAUAAACUGGACAUAAUGAAGGUUAUGGCCUUUGCAAAAAAGGCCAAAACUUUUUCAUAAUUUCUUAAUGGUCAUAACAUAGAGCAAGUUAACCACCUUUAAGUAUCUCGAGGUGAUCAUUCUUGCCACCAGCUCAAGAAAAGCACAUGGUGAAUAUGCAGCUGCCUCUGGUCAAAGAUCAGCAAACACUAUUCUUAAUUUUUUCCACUGUGCUGCUCCUCCAAUCCAUGGACGGGUAGCUUCUCCUUAGUUGCUGGGCAGAACUGAGUGCUGAUCUCCUUCCUGCAAACUGGCCACGCCCACACUGUCCAAUCAGCUCCAGUCUUUCUCACUCAGUUGCUGUGAGAACUAGCAUUUCUGAGUGCUCCGUUUAAUUUAACUCCUAAUUCCUAGUUUAUUAUUUUUUUGUCUCCUUCCCUUCGUUCCUAUUGUUGUUGGAUUUCUAAACUGAUCUUCUGAGGCUGCUGGGCGCGCGCGAGCUUGGGGCUCCAAGCCGCAGCCCACAUCGGCUUCUUUCGGCCUGCAGCCUUCCAGAUCCGACCCGGCUGGGCGGAUCUGAGCGAAAGUGUUACUUGCUGUGGUGCGGAGCUGCCUUCUGUCGGCCUGAGGCAGUCUAGACGUGAGCGAGCUUCGGAAUUCAAGCCGCAAUUCCCGCCACCUCUCUUCGGCUUGCAGCCUUCCGGAUCCGACCCGGCUGGGCGGAUCCGCGUGGUUCUGCGAUUUGACAUCGCCAAGGUCUUCAGGGCGAUAAGGCUGACGUCGCGGCAGUUUGAGUAACGUUCCGGACGUUGUUUCUGUAGCCGGUGCGAGGGCGACCUGCUGUGAGGCGCUAGACGCGCCGAUCGCCUUAAUUGACUGUCUUGCCAGAGCCGCGUUCACUGAGAAGCACUAUACGCGCCGCUUGCCUAAUUGAUUUUCCCGCCAAAGCCGCGCUUGCUGGGAUGGCCACCAUUUUGGGACGCAGGAGGCGGCCAUUUGAGGGACAUUUCUGCUUCCUUUGGUAGCGCCCUUGUCAUCAGCCCUGGGAUCGCACUGAGCGGAUCCCUUUGUGACUUUUUGACUUCGAGGUGGCCAUUAUCAUAAGGGCUUGAGCUCAGCAACUUCUGAGCCUUUGACCCAUGUUCCAGUGACGUUGCAGGGGGUGCAUCCCUGUCUGCUACACUCCAAACUGAGGCCUACCUUGUGACUAUUGGAGCUCAGCGUCUUCUGAGCCCAUUGUUUAACACAUAAGGGUCGCAUCUCCCAUUGAAGGACUCCUUCCCUGACACAGACCACCCACAACUAGUCACGGUCAGGGUGCACUAUUGUCUAAUUGGCGCACAUCAUCAAGAUGGCGGAUGUUCCUCUAUCCUCAGACUCUGACUUAGAUUGCUCUCCUCCGCAGCCUCAACAACAGGCUCGGACAAAGAAGGCCAAAGCCAAACAGCGAAAGCAUCACUCUCAACCUGGGUCUAACAAGGCGGAACAGCGUAGACACCAGGCCUUAGAAAGACAGUUCGAGAGAGCCAGAGAACGGUCGUCUAUCCAAGGACAGGCCUCAGUUGCAGACGAAGGUGCAGGCUGUUCCAGACCUCUUCAUUCCGGGUCUUCUUCGAGCGAUAAGGACUUACACACCUCUACCAAUCUUCGCCAUUCUAGGGGCGUUUCAAUGUCGUUGCCAGAUGUGUCAAGCCAGUCUAUCCCUGGGUGUUCUCAAAGGCGCUUGCCCGAGGCAACUUUUACUCCGACGGCUGCUGGCCUUAGACCGGAACUGUCUGACAAUCCUGUUAAUUUCCAGGCAGCCUUAUCGGAUGCGCUAGCUAAGAUCUUGGCGGCUGGCAUACAGCAGGGUGCAGUGGGUACUAAUCUUCCCUCCAUUGAUCCACCGGCUCCAGUUCGAGCUGACCCCAGACCUACACAGCUUGCGAACCGUCAAACCGAUGAGGGUUCUUCUAAUGAAUUUGAAUCGGGCGAGAUUUGUCCUGAGGACGUGGAAUUUUCAGAGGACGAAGGCCUCCCGCCGGAUAAACCCGUUUUCACCAGCCUUUUCCGUCCCUCUGUCUUUAAAUCACUACUACACAAAGCCAAGAUUACCACAAAGUUUGGCGUUUCAGAGGUUCAAUCGGACAAUACUUCUCAACCAUCAACUGCAUCUCAUGAUGCUCUCUUUCAUGUUUCAAAGCCGGAUCAGGAGGUCAUUCCUUGCCCUCCAUUAUUCUCUAAUGUCAUCAAUUCGGCUUUCGGACAACCAGGCUCCUUGUCUUCGCCUAGUGGUUUAGACAAACGACUUUACGCCUCAGCGAAGGAACUGGAGGAGGCGCUGGCCUUGCCUUCCAUUGAUCCUCUGGUGGCAAGUUUAUCCACUUCUUCUUUGCUGACAUCAGACGUUGUGGAUGGCCUAAAAGCUGAAGACCGAAAGAUGGAGCUUGGGUUUCGAAAGGCUCACCAAGCGGCAGCUUGGGCAAUAAAGGCGGCCACAGCGACCUCAUUUUUCAACCGAGCUGCUCUAAUCUGGCUCAGACAAUUACAAGAGAGAUUACCACCUGAUGACACCUGGCUACAUCAGGACAUUAAUAAGUUAGUGGCUGCAACUGAAUAUUCGGCUGACGCAUCUCUCACAGCGGCCAAAUUUGCUUCCAGAUCCAUAGCAGCAUCGGUGACGAAUCGCCGAUUGUUUUGGCUCUGUAACUGGAAGGUGGAUGCCAGGGCCAAGUGGAAGUUGGCGUCUGCUCCAUACUCCGCUUCCUCUCUCUUUGGUGCCGCCCUUGAGCCAAUUUUAAUUGAAGACAAGGACAAACGUAAAGUCCUCCCGUCCUCCUUUCGUCGACCUGAGAGGAGAUACAACCCAUACUCUCAACGUCCGCCCUUUCAGGCCUACUCGGGGUCAGGCGGACCCUACUUCUCUCGGUCAUAUUCCCAGCCUUCGGACAGGUACUCGGACAGACAACCAUUCUGUGACCGAUCCAGGGGCCAGUCCCAGUCAAAACGCCCCUUCCGAGGCUCCGGUUAUCGUCCAGCCCGCAGGGGCAAGUGACGCCGCCGGGUCGGGUCCUAUUGGGGGGCGACUCCAGCACUUCCACCUCCAAUGGGACCUCUCGACAACGGAUGCUUGGAUUCGCCAUACGAUCCGGCAAGGACUCCACAUCGAACUCCACUCCAUGCCACCCAACAGAUUUCGCUGCUGUCCGGUUCCACUCUGUCCCCGGAGGAGGACGCUCAUGGACACAGAAAUAUCACACCUCCUUUCAAUCAAGGCAAUAGAACUGGUGCCCCAGGGACAGGAAGGCACUGGAUUUUACACUACCUUGUUUCUGGUGCCCAAAUCAUCGGGGGGUCACAGGGCCAUCUUGAACCUAAAAAGUCUCAACCGAUACGUUCGGUAUCGCAGGUUCAAGAUGCAGUCCCUUUGGUCAAUUUUGGCGGCUGUCAGACCCAACGACCUUCUACAAUCUGUGGACCUGCGCGAAGCCUACUUACAUGUCCCAAUUCACCCUGCCCACCGCCGUUACCUAAGGUUCGCCUACAACAACAUCCACUAUCAAUAUCGGGCAAUGCCCUUCGGGUUGUCGUCGGCACCCAGAACGUUUACCAAAUUGGUCGAGGUGGUGGCAGCGGCUGUCAGGAUUCACACAAUCCGAAUAAUGUGUUAUCUGGACAAUAUUAUCGUCAUGUCAAAUUCACCCGUUCAGGCAGGGAGGGACAUGGAGUUGGUGUUACGAAUUUUCCAGGCCCACGGUUUUUCCAUCAACGGUCAAAAGAGUCACCUGUAUCCGACUACCCGUCUACAACAUUUGGGGGCGGUGAUAGAUUCGCAAUUGGGCCAGGUGUUCUUAUCCCCGUCUCGCAUUCAGGACCUCAGGGCAAUGGUGAGACAGGUACAGGAUCAGAGGAAGGUGCCACUUUUCCUGCUAUCUCAACUGUUAGGGAAGAUGGUGUCCUGCAUAUCCAUCGUCCCGUGGGCUCGCAGGCAUGGCCGCCCUCUACAGUGGCUGCUACUUCCCUUCCAGAAACAGGGCCGCGGCACUUCCAGCUAUCCAAUUGUCUUGCCUCCUCAGGUUCGAUUGUCUCUUCGGUGGUGGAGAUCAUCGGCAGUCCAGAAGGGGUGUCUGUUCCUCGAGCCCAGUCGUCUAGUCCUGACCUCCGACGCAAGUCUACAAGGUUGGGGUGCCCAUCUGCAGGAAGAGGUGGUUCAAGGUCAGUGGUCCCAGGCGGAGCGGGCGAACAGAAUCAAUUGGCUGGAAUUGAGGGCUGUUCGCCUGGCUCUUUGCCACUUCCGGCACGUCCUCGAAGGUCAACGUGCUGGUCCGAACGGACAACAUCACCACGAAGGCACACAUAAAUCGGGAGGGGAGCACACAUUCCAAGACCUUGAUGAUGGAGUCCGAGAGACUGUUAGCCUGGGCAGAACUCCACACGGCGUCUCUGGUAGCAGAUCACAUCUCCGGUCAGUCCAACGUAAUGGCAGAUUGGCUCAGCCGAGAGAUCAUUGAUCCGGCGGAGUGGAGCCUGAACCACACCGUCUUCGAACAGCUGACACACAAGUUCGGUCAGCCUCAGGUGGACUUGUUUGCCACUGCCCUAAACGCCCAGCUGCCCCGCUUCUACUCACGCUACCCAAGCGCAAGAGCAGAGGACAGCGAUGCGCUACGUUGCCCGUGGCCCACCGGGCUGCUUUACGCCUUUCCCCCGAUUCCCCUGAUCCCUCGCUUGAUUCGGAAACUGAUCCGAGAAGGUGCAGAGCUGUUGCUGAUAGCCCCGCGGUGGCCUCGGAGACCCUGGUAUGCGGAUCUACUGGAACUCUCCAUCGUCCCGCCUUGGACAUUACCGGUCCGGACAGACUUGCUAAGCCAGGGGGUUGUCGUCCACCCAGAUCCGCAGUGGCUCCGAUUCACCGCCUGGCGUUUGAGCGGCUCCAGUUACAGAAGGACAGACUGUCCGUUGGGGUCAUCUCUGUAAUUCAAUCAGCCAGGCGUCCCUCCACGACACGAAUUUACGAGGCUUCGUGGCGUGCCUUUACGACUUGGUGCCUAAUCCACCAUGUGGACCCGACAUCUCCGGAUAUCCCAGAUGUGUUGGACUUUUUACAUGAUGGCCUCUCCAAAGGCCUCGCCCCAGCGACGUUGAGACGCCAGGUGGCUGCUCUUUCCACUGUUAUCAUCUGCGAGCGCCACCGCACUCUCUCUUUGAAUUCCAGAAUUCGGGCGUUUUUGCACGGUGCCACUAACAUCUCACCACCAGUGGUGCAUAGGUACCCGUCAUGGGAUCUCCCAUUAGUGCUUAAAGCUCUAAUUUCAACACCAUUUGAGCCUUUAGCAUCUACAUCUCUGAAAUUUCUUACCUUCAAAGUCGCUUUUCUUCUGGCGAUUACAUCUGCGCGGCGGGUGUCGGAACUCACAGCUCUAUCCAUACGCAAAGAGCUCUGUAUAUUUCACAGCAACAGGGUCGUCCUGAGGUUAGACCCAGCGUUUUUACCAAAGGUUAAUUCGCUGUUUCACAGAACCCAGGAGGUGAUAAUACCUGAUUUUUGUCCGAAUCCUCACCAUCCGUCAGAGACUCUAUGGCACACUCUGGAUGUGCAUCGCGCUCUUCGUCGCUAUAUCAGGCGUACAGAAUCCUUCAGACAAACCGAAGCAUUGUUCGUUUCCUUUCAUCCUUCUUCAAUGGGGCGGAAAGUAUCGACAGCUACCGUGGCUCGCUGGAUCAGGGCCUGCAUAGCGACUGCCUACGACGUUCAAGACCGUCCUCGUCCUUCACAUAUUUCUGCUCACUCUACUAGGAGUGCGGCCGCCACGGCAGCUUGGACUACACAGGCUUCGGUUCUGGAGAUUUGUCGGGCGGCUUCAUGGUCCUCCGCUUCGUCGUUUAUUCGACAUUAUAAAAUUGAUUCGUAUGCUUCGGCUGAAGCUUCCUUUGGUCGCAGGGUUUUGCAACAAGUGGCCACAGCCCAGAACUCUGAGAACAGACAGCCCCCUCCCUGAGCAGUGAACUUGGGUACAUCCUGUCCAUGGAUUGGAGGAGCAGCACAGUGGAAAAAGGACGUUGUCUCACCUGAACAUCCAUUUUCGAUGUGCUGCGACUCCAAUCCAUACCCACCCUUGGGCUUUCUGCUCUGUUUGGACUUGUUACAGUUGUGUUUGUUAUUCCAGUUUGAGUUCUUCCAGUUUGACUUCUUGCGCCUUCGUGAGGAAAGACUGGAGCUGAUUGGACAGCGUGGGCGUGGCCAGUUUGCAGGAAGGAGAUCAGCACUCAGUUCUGCCCAGCAACUAAGGAGAAGCUACCCGUCUAUGGAUUGGAGUCGCAGCACAUCGAAAAUGGACGUUCAGGUGAGACAACGUCCUUUUUCCACACAAAAGGAGGAUACUAUGUUCCUGCCGCAAUUAAGGUCUUUCAAGCCAGUUGCUAGCAUAGCUUGUUUAUGGGACCUUGCUCAGACCUUCAGCUUCAUGUUUUACACCAUUGCAAAGAGUUCAAUCCAAAUUUAUUAGAGCAAUUCUCUAGAUACUGCAUUGUCUCUCAACGCACUUCUGUGCCUGGAGACAGGAUUAAUAAAAGUUGAAGUAAGAAUCUGUAUAGCUUCAAUCUUUGGCUAAAGGUUAAUUUUUUUUCACAAGGCCUUGCUCCAUUAAUUCUCCAAGACAAAUUCUCCUUUUUAUGGAUCAAGGCCGUCAAGUCCAAUCUUGCCAAACUAGGCUUUUCUCCAGCCUCAAUACUCAAGUUGGCCUAUGACCAAGCAAAACAAAACUUGUGACAAAGGAUAGGGGACAUCGAGAGGCAAGCGGCCUUAGGGAAAGCACCACUGUUUCUGGCUCCAGACUAUUAGAUAUGUUGUUACUCAUGCCAGCUAUUUUAGUCACUUGGAGACAGCAAACCAUCAGAAAGCAUUUUCGCUUUCAAGGUGUCAUGCACUUCCAUCGACCGUCCUGCAUGGUAAAUAUAAAAAGAUACCAUUGAUUAAAAGACUCUGUCUCUGUGGCUCAGGAGAGGUGGAGACUCUUGGACACAUACUUUUUCAAUGCUCAUUUUAUAGAGAUAUUAAUGAAAACAUAUUCUCCCAAUAAUCCUGGCCAAUCCAACACUACUAAUCUCCAAUGGCUGCUUAAGGACGACUAGACUGUGAUUACAGUGCAAGUGGCUAGAUUCUGCGCAGCAGCAUUGGGGAUUCAUUGAAAACACAUGAUUAAUCCAUCAUAGCUAUUUUACACAAUUAAUGCAGCAAACCCUUUUGCAUUAUAGCCUUUUGUAUAUUAGUAUUUAAUGACUCCAGAUCUCACAGUUUAAGGAUUGGUAUUAUGGUAUAGUUAGGACAAGCUGUGAUUUGUUCAUGUGUAACUGACAGAUUGGAUGCCAAAUUGUAAUUUUAAUAUGGAUUUUAUCUGUUAUCUGCAUAUUCCUUGAGUGUUUUUGAUUCUAAUAAACAUUUGCUCUGGUG